GCAGCCAGUGCCUUUAGGUUAUUUCGCAUUCUCAACAUAAUCUCAUCCAUCCCAUAUGUCCUGCAUCAUUGUUAUAAUUCUUGUAUAUAAGAUAGGUUAAUUCUGAUUACAUGUCCGCCAAAAGAGAGCUCAAAGAAUGGCAACCAAGACCGGUUCUCACGAUUGUUUUCGCAAUCGAAGAUCAUGAUCAUAGUGACGGGAAACGAUCGUGGAUCCAAAAUGGGUCUUACACAAACGUAAUCAUCGGAGUGUUGAUUCAACAACAAACGGUUAUGAAUCCUUUCAUCUUGAUAUGCCCUUCCACCCGAGGUCUUUCACUCGCGUUGACGCGAUACUAUCUUUGCAACAGCAAACUCCCCAUCUACGCGACUCACAGAGCACCCUCGACAGAUUCUCUUCGAGAAAGAAUACUUUCUGGCUUGCCCCAGAAUUCUGGCGUCAACCCCAACAGACUCAACUUCCUUCCUGUCGAGCUUACCUCCGAAGACAGCAUCAAGUCUGCCGCGGAACAACUCUCCAGUAUGUUGCCCGCCGACCGCAAAUCCUACAUACACACCGCAUUCUUCACCGGAGGCAUGCUCCACCCCGAACGUCAACCGUCGGAUCUCAACGAAAAGAAUAUUUACGAGACUUUUCAAUUGAACGUCAUCGCCCACAUGCUGCUCGUCAAGCAUUUCUCUCGAUUUCUUCCACCGUCCUCUUCCAAACCCGCCGAUCUUGCCAAGUGGGUCCACGUCUCCGCACGAGUUGGCUCUAUCUCGGAUAAUAAAAUCGGAGGAUGGUAUUCGUAUCGUGCGUCCAAAGCGGCCCUGAACCAAAUGAUCCGAACUUUCGACUUGCACCUUCAAAGUAAACGUCUCCCGGCUAUAUGCGUCGGUGUUCACCCUGGGACCGUCAAGACUGACUUGAGCAAGUCAUUUUGGAGCGGAGUCAAAGAGGGGAAACUUUUCGAGCCGGAAUAUGCUGCAGAGAAAUUGGCUCGGGUAGUCGAGAAACUAGGUACAGAGUCCAGAGGGAAAGUUUGGGACUGGGCAGGAAAAGAGGUCCCGUCGUGAAAACCCGAAUCCAAACGGACCCAAAGGCCGAUCUUGUGAUUGUAUGUCAACUUGCCAAUGCGAGGACCUCAGUAGCGAGGCGUACAAGGGCGAUAACUGUACAAUGCGAUGCCAAAAGGAAUCGCAACUGUAUCCGGGAGUUACAGCGAUGGCGUUAACGAGCGUCAGGAGCCGAGAGUCGUUAUCAAGGCGUCCAAAAGUGAUGAAAAGAAAGUUCGUAAAUAUAUGCUGUGCAAGUUCCGAUAGAACGUUGCCCUGACCGCAGUAUACUCCGUUUGGCCACUGGUAACUACAUACAGUACAUCAACCACUGUCAACAGUCCUCCUCCGCAACGAAAUGAUGAUAGUGGAACUUACC